CAACUGGCAAUCUUCGAAUGAUGAUGCGAUGCUCUCUGUCUUAUCAGUAUCAGAUAGUACUGCUUUCAGUUGCAUAAGUAGAUUAUUGAUCAAGUACUCCAUGGACGAUGGUGACGAUACUUUUAGUCCAACUACGGAUUGUUUCUAGGGGAAGGAGGUGCAAGCUGUGGUGAGAGUCGGCAGCCAGACUGCAGCGUUUGGCAAGUGCAACAUGCGAGAUAUUAUUCUAAAAUAUUCCAGCACACUUGGAAUAUACCAUCACUGAUAGGGUCACUGUCAAAAUAGACCUGUGGAUGACAUUUUCAUUGCAUCAAUGAUGAAUGAAUAUUUGAAAGACUGAACAAGGACAAAGUAGGACAUCCAUCAGGAGAGCAUCUUACAGACAUUAAAGCUUAUGGAAGAAUUUUACUAUUCAGUUAACAAGACCAUAAAAAGGUUGUCGGGGAUGGAGCCCAUCAGAAUCUUUAGACUCACCGCGGAAAGAUACAGAGGAUGAAAUGGAAGCAAAAGUCGAGAAAAUGUCAUCUGCUGUUAAAAGUAUAUUAGAGUGUGUUGGUGAAAAUCCAGAAAGAGAAGGGCUUGCAAAAACUCCAGAGAGAUUUGCCAAGGCCAUGAUGUUCUUCACCAAUGGCUAUACCCAAACACUUUCAGAUAUCAUUAAUGACGCCAUCUUUGAUGAACAACAUGAUGAGCUUGUUUUAGUGAAAGAUAUUGAUCUAUUCUCGAUGUGUGAGCACCAUCUUGUUCCAUUUGUUGGAAAGGCUCACGUUUGCUAUCUACCAAAUAGAAAAGUCAUCGGCCUUAGCAAGAUUGCAAGGAUAGUUGAAAUGUACAGUCGACGAUUACAAGUUCAAGAAAGACUAACUAAGGAUAUCGCGAAGGCAGUUUUAGAAGCCGUUAGUCCCACUGGCGUUGGAGUAAUUGUUGAAGCCUGUCACAUGUGUAUGGUAAUGCGUGGAGUUCAGAAACCUGGCGCUAUGACGGUAACAAGUUGCAUGCUGGGUACCUUGAGGGAUGACCCGAGAAGUAGAGAUGAAUUCCUGACAUUAUUAAGGCGGUAGCAAGAUCUUUGAUAUUUUAGCUUCUUUAGCCAGAUAAUUUUUUCAAAUUACUAACAACGGUGUGUAGGCCGCUUGAAAUUAUCCAAUUAAAGGCCUUUUUGAAAUGGUAUAGCUAAUUAUAUUAUAUUAGGUAUUUUGCUAUGGAUUUGUAUACUCUUAUUUUGUGGGUGAUGUUUUAAUAAUGGAUUUGUGUUACCAAGCCAUUUAUCCUUAAAAAUGAAGUCAAAGGAACAAGAAACUAUUGACAUGAAAUAGUGCUUUUUACAAUUGAAAAA